AUGCUUCGUUUUUCUCUGCCACAGAUCCCGCUCCAUCUGCCUCUACCUCUACCUCCUUUCACCAAACUCCUGCACCAAACUUCAAUACUCUCAAAAACUCUUCAUUUCUCCCAAAAACGACUUCCUUCGCAACUUCUCUCCAAAAAGUUUUCUGGGUUUCUUUCAAUAUCGAAUUCUUCUGUUUCUCCUUCACCAGAAGAUGGUUUUGAGAUGGAGUUGGGUCGCCUUUUGGUUUUGUUACCCCAUGAAAUGGCAAAAAGAGUUAGUGAGCACCCGGAGCUCCAUGACUUGGUUGAGGUGGUUAUGGAUUUGGGGAGGAAGCCACUAGCGAGAUUUCCAUCUGGGGACUUCGUUUUAUCGGAUUGCCCGAUCACUCUGCAGGAUCUCCAACAUGCUACUUCACAGGUUGGUGACUUUGCCAUUGACAAUCGAGCAGGCAUCAGCCGGACAUUGCAUCGCAUUAGUGCCAUAAGAAAUCGAAAGGGACAAAUCAUUGGUCUAACUUGUCGUGUUGGUCGGGCAAUACCAGGCAGUGCUAGUUUGCUGAGAGAUUUAGUUCGGGAUGGGGCUUCUCUUUUGUUCAUUGGUCCUCCAGGGGUGGGAAAGACUACAAUUAUCAGGGAAAUUGCUCGAAUGCUUGCAAAUGAUUACAAGAAACGAGUAAUGAUUGUUGAUACAUCCAAUGAGAUAGGUGGCGAUGGUGAUAUACCUCAUGCUGGAAUAGGCAAUGCUCGACGGAUGCAAGUUCCCGAUUCAGAUAUGCAACAUAAGGUAUUAAUAGAGGCAGUUGAAAAUCAUAUGCCCCAAGUGAUUGUGAUAGAUGAAAUUGGGACAAAACUUGAAGCAAUGGCUGCAACUACAAUUGCACAGCGUGGGAUUCAGCUAGUGGCCACCGCUCAUGGAAUCACAAUAGAAAAUUUGAUAAUGAAUCCUUCUCUGGAGAUGCUUGUUGGAGGAAUACAGCUUUUUGCUCUGAAUGGGCAUGUCAGUGCAUCAAUGUGUUCCAACAUGGCAUAUCAGUGCAAAAUGUUGGAGCUUCAUAGAUGCCUUGUUGAAAACAUAUUAAGGCAUACGGACACAGGCAACAGAUGUAAGGACAAGAGUGUGACCCUAGGGGAUGAAGAAGCAAACCGGAGGGGUGUCCAGAAGACAGUGCUGGAGAGAAAAGGGCCUUCAACAUUUAGUUGUGGGGUGGAGAUAAUUUCAAAGACUGAGUUGCGAGUUCAUCGCAGUUUAGAAGCAACAGUGGAUGCUAUUCUCUCAGGUCGUUCCCCAUAUGUGGAAAUUCGCAAGAUGACCUCUCAAGGAGUAAAAGAAACAGUAGAAAAUGAACCUGCCUUUGAAACAUCUGCUGAAAACAAAGAUGAUGUUUUGGUUGAAGAUUUCCACUUGACAGAUGAAAGAAUUGGUCAUAAUGAGUUCACUUCUGAUCCUCCUCCAGACAUUGGAAAAAAUUCUUUGGAACGUGAAGCACCACUACGCCUGUAUGUCUAUGGGAUCUUGGAGGCAAGCGUGAUUCAAGGGAUCAAUCAGUUGAAAAUGGAUGCCGCAGUUCAAUUAACUGAUAAUAUCAGUGAUGCAGAUGCUCUACUUGCCUUGCAAUCUAAGCUGAAGAAGAAUGCCAAGAUUCAAGCUGCUGCCAGAUCUCAUGACAUACCCAUUUAUGUGACAAAGACAAGUUCCUUGGAGCAAGUAACAAAGGCCAUAAGGGCACUGAUGAGCAGUCAUGCUAAUGGAUUGAAGGAUUCUGGAAAAGAAAAUACAAAAUUGUCAGAAAAGAUCGAUGCUGUGGAGGCCAUAUUGAUGAUCUAUGUUGUGGUCAAUGCCACAAUGAGAGUUGCUAAUGCUCAUGGCUGUCACUGUUGUGAAUUGUUAGGAAUCUCAGAGGCAAGAAUAGCUGUCGAGCAGGUGGUAAUCUCAAAAGGGGAACAUGUGGAGCUGCUCCCAAGGCCACCACACAUUAUGUCCCUUCAGAUAGAUUUCAUUAGAAAAUACCAACUAGAAACAGAGAGCAUUGGUACUGAGCCAGAGGCACGCCUCCGGAUACUUCCAUAUCAGACUAGGAUGGAUGGAAACAGGAAGUCUAUUGAAACAGUCGGGACAGUCAGCGGAUUUGAUGACUUUCUCAGUGUCACUGGGGACACAAAUGGAUCACUCGACAGCAUCGACAGGUUACCUCUCUUGCCUGAUUAG